AGGGCAAUGGCAGAUCGGAAGUGAAGUGACUCACUCAUUCCUCUGGUCUGCAUUUUUUCUUUCCCCCACAGCCACAAAAGAAGUGAAGCAAUGAAAAGCUUGAAUAGAGAGGCCAGGAAAGGCCACGCCCAGGAAAACUAAUUUUACAUCCCCUGUUGUGAAAAGAUUUGCUUUAGCAGAGGCUGCCGGUGAGUGACCUGCCUUGCAGAUCGCUGGAACCAUGUACACAGCAAUCCCCAAAAGUGGCUCGCCUUUUGAUGCUUCGGUGAAGGAGCCGGGCCUACACAUUUGGCGAGUGGAGAAGAUGAAGCCUGUGCCUGUUCCAGAAGAGAUGAAAGGCAUAUUCUAUUCUGGGGAUUCUUACCUGGUCCUUCACAAUGGAGCUGAUGAACAAUCCAGUGUGCAUAUCUGGAUUGGCCAGAACUCUUCCCGAGAUGAGCAGGGAGCCUGUGCUCUGCUCUCCACCAACCUCAACUUCUUCCUGAAGGAAAAGCCUAUCCAGUACCGGGAAGUGCAGGGCAAUGAGUCCGACAUAUUCAUGGAGUACUUCCCCCAUGGUAUCAAAUACCAGGAGGGAGGCGUGGAAUCUGCCUUUAACAGAACCCAGGCCAGCCAGCAACCCAGCCCCAUCCGCAAACUCUACCAAGUGAAAGGGAAAAAGAAUAUCCGGGCCACCGAAAGGGAACUGAGCUGGGCUAGUUUUAACACUGGUGACUGCUUCAUCCUUGACCUAGGAGAGACCAUCUUUACCUGGUGUGGGAGCAAAUCCAACAUCUUGGAGCGCAACAAAGCCCGAGAUUUAGCAACAGCAAUUCGGGAUAGCGAGAGAAAAGGGAAAGCCAAAGUGGAGAUCAUUGCAGAUGGUGAAGAGCCAGCUGAGAUGAUAGCAGUCCUGGGUCCUAAACCAGCUCUGAAAGAGGGCAGCCCUGAGGAAGAUGUUGUGGCUGAUCAGAAGAAUGCCGUUGCAGCUGUCCUUUAUAAGGUGUCGGAUAUGACGGGGAAAAUGAGCCUGACUAAGGUCUCAGAGUCCAGUCCAUUCCGUCAGGACCAGUUAAUCACAGAUGAUUGCUUCAUCCUGGACAAUGGGCAAUGUGGCAAAAUCUAUGUUUGGAAAGGCCUCAAAGCAAAUGAGCAGGAACAGCAGGCAGCCCUGAAGGUGGCCGAGGACUUCAUCUCCCGAAUGAAAUAUCCCCUGAACACACAGGUGGAAAUCUUGCCCCAAGGCCGCGAAAGCCCUCUCUUCAAACAAUACUUCAUAAGCUGGAAGUGAAACAGAAUCUACACCCUCAGCUAGCAAUAUUCUGUGCACGUGCCUUACCCUGUAUCAAUAAUUAUGCCUUAUUAAACAGGAGUCACUCCUAAUCGUC